CGAGGUUAAAUAGUCGCAAAAUGCUGAACUCCAGAAGAGGAUCAUUGCCUCUGAGCCUGCUGGCAAUGGCUUUCGCUUUGUCCACUUCCGCCCAGAAGGUGAGCGUGUCGAAUCGAAUUGCGGCACCGGGUGAGCCUCUCUAUUAUCUGAUGGUGGAUGGGGGUCCUUUGGUGACCCCAAACGAGCCUCUGAAACGCACGAACCGUUCGCUACUCAAGUGGUGGGAUGAUCUGUUCCCCAGCAACAAUAACUGCUGCAAUAACAACCUGCUGAACCCACCGGCUCCAAUUGUCCCCGCACCCGCUGUGGCCAAUAACUGUUAUGGCCAACAGCUUCAGGAUCUGGAUCCCUUUAAGCAGAUGAAGCUCUUCAAGAAACUGCCAAACCUCUUCACCACCCCCAAUCCCUGUGGCCAGUGUACCGGCAACUGUGGGCAGUUGCCGCAGCCACAGACAAACUACGUGGCACCACAGAACAUUGGUCCCGGAGAUGGCGAUGCGGGCUAUGUGGCACCGCCAGCUUCCUCUUACGAAGCUCCUGCACCACCUGCUCCUUCUUACCAAGCUCCGGCAGCACCUGCUCCUUCCUACGAAGCUCCAGGAGCUCCUUCUCCUUCUUACGAACCUCCUGCGCCACCUGCUCCUUCUUACGAAACUCCGGCAGCACCUGCUCCUUAUUAUGACGCAUCUGCAGCUGGUUACAAUUCUCCUGCUCCACUAGCUCCCAGCUAUGAUCCGCCUGCACCCAGCUACACCCAACCUGAGAGCACCUCCGAGGUGUAUGGCAAGACGAAAGAAUAUGGCCAAGCAGCACAGCCGAAUUACGUUGGGCUCCAGCCGGCACAAAUCGUUUACCAACCCAUCAUCUACUUGUCUACUCCAUUGGCAUCAAAAUCGAGCACCAAGGUGGAUGUCGAUGAAGGGUAUAUCACCCAGACACCUCAGCCGGCUCCUGUUUACGAGUCGCUUCCGCCAAGCUGCCCGCAACACGCCCCACCAUCUGCCCCGCCCACGCCCAACUAUUCCACGCCCUCGUGCCAAACGCCCAUCCGCCUAUCCGUUAUAGAUCAGCCGUACCGAGUGGCCCCGGAACUUUUCGAGGAGUACAACUAUCGCUUGGCUUUGGCAUCCGGGAAUGUCUUGUAGUUAAAUAAUUGCUGAUGGUUAAACAAUCUGUAAAUAAAAAUCUUUUUAUGAUUUCUCUA